AUGGCUGCUGAAACGCCUCCACCACUCAACGUGGCCAUCAUCGGCGCCGGAAUAGCAGGACUCUCGGCAGGAAUCGCCCUCAAACGUUCCAGCUCAUCCAGUAUCGUCAAGAUUUAUGAAAAGUCCACAUUCAAGAACGAAAUCGGCGCAGCAAUCACUCUCACGCCAAACGCCAAUCGAAUCCUCGACCGUUGGGGAUUCGAUGCCAAAGUGUAUGGCGAAACAGACAAGCUGCUAGUUCGAAUGGUGAAUGCCACGACCCUGGAUGUGGAAUAUCAAUUCGGGUUCCAAGAUGUUCCAGAGAGGUUCGGUCACAAUUUCAAUGCUUUCCAUCGCGUGGAUUUGCAUCGUGGGCUGAGGACCAUGGCAGAAGAGUUAGGAGUGGAGAUCUUGCUUGGAAAAGAAGUGAUAGAUCUGGACUGUGGAAAUGGCCUCCUCAACUUCAAAGACGGCGCCUCCGCCAAGCACGAUCUCGUUGUCGUCGCUGAUGGAAUUCGAAGUGAACUAGUCAAAACAGUCAGCGGUCUCGAUGUCGUCCCUCAGAAAAUAGGCAAAUCCGUCUUUCGCGGUCUGAUCCCCAUGCAAAGCCUCCGAGAUGACCCUCUCAUCUGGAGUCAAUUCCAGAACGAGCCCAGCGGCUUCUACAGCACGACGCACGAAGGUCUCUUCUUCGUGACCUAUCCUUGCUCUUUCGACGAGAUCAUGAACGUUGCCGUGUUCCACAAUACCCGCCCUGGCCACGAAAACGACGAAGGCUGGUCAUCUCCAGGGACCAAGGCUGAAGUCCUUUCCGUAUUAGACUCUCAAGACCUUCAUCCCUUCUGGCGCGCGGUGGUCAACGCCGCUCCAAGCGACGAGGACUUCAAAUGCUUCCCCAUCAGUCUCAGAGAACCAAUCUCUCGCUACAACAACGGACGCGCCAUCCUCAUCGGCGACGCCGCACAUCCGUUCCAGCCCACCCACGCUCAAGGUGGUUGUCUCGGGAUUGAAGACGCGCAAUCACUCGCGACACUCUUCCGCGACACCUCUUCAGCCUCCACGGAUAUUCCGCUGCGUUGCCAGUCGUACAAUGAUCUUCGACUUCCGCGCGGAAAUGUCACGCAUUUGUAUUCGAACGUCAUGUUCUAUCAUAUGAAAGAUGGUGUUCUGGAUGGGGAGAAAUACGAGAGGAGAAUUAGGGAAUACUAUGACGGACCGCUCAUGCCGAUGAAUGUGAGGGCUUGGGGAAGGGAGCACCAGGAGUUUUGGUAUAGGUAUGAUGUGGAUCAGGAGGCGGAGAAGGCAAUGGAGUGGUUCGAGAAGGAGGGCGGGAAGGGCCAAAGAAUGCCCAGUGGCGUGGUGAAGUAUUUUUAUUGA